GCGAGCUGCCGUUAAAACGAAAAGAAGAAGAAUACGAAGAAUGCUUUGCGGAAGUGUAUGAAAAUCGGAGUCAUAUGACCAGGUAGGCAGCUGGAGAACUUGCUAGCUGGAUAUGGAUAAAAUUCUUCGGAUGCGGUGACUUGCAUCGACAACGAACACGAUGGAGGAGAUCAAGGUGUCUCCAGACUAUAAUUGGUUCAGAAGCACAGUGCCGCUAAAGAGAAUUAUUGUCGAUGAUGAUGACAGUAAGGUGUGGUCGCUGUAUGACGCUGGUCCAAAAAGCAUCAGGUGUCCCAUCAUCUUCCUGCCUCCGGUCAGUGGGACAGCUGAGGUGUUCUUUCAGCAGGUGUUGGCUCUGACAGGCUGGGGCUACAGAGUCAUCUCGCUGCAGUAUCCGGUGUACUGGGACCUCGUUGAGUUCUGUGAUGGCUUCAGGAAACUCCUCGAUCACCUGCAGUUGGAUAAAGUCCAUCUGUUCGGGGCAUCUCUGGGUGGAUUCUUGGCUCAGAAGUUUGCAGAGAGUACACACAAGUCUCCCAGAGUACACUCACUGAUACUGUGUAAUUCAUUCAGUGAUACCUCCAUCUUCAAUCAGACAUGGACAGCAAACAGUUUCUGGUUGAUGCCAGCUUUCAUGUUGAAGAAGAUUGUUCUGGGGAACUUUGCUAAGGGACCUGUGGACUCUAAAAUGGCUGACGCGAUCGACUUCAUGGUUGACAGGUUGGAGAGUCUGAACCAAAGUGAGUUAGCGUCACGGCUAACGCUCAACUGUCAAAACUCUUACGUGGAGCCACACAAAAUAAAGGAUGUUGUUGUGACCAUUAUAGAUGUGUUUGAUCAGAGUGCUUUGUCACUGGAAGCAAAGGAGGAGAUGUAUAAGUUGUAUCCAAACGCGAGACGAGCUCAUCUGAAAACGGGAGGAAACUUCCCAUACCUGUGCAGAAGUGCUGAAGUCAACCUCUACAUACAGAUUCACUUGCGGCAGUUCCAUGGAACUAGAUACGCUGCCAUCAGUCCUGCCAUGGUGAGUACUGAGGAGCUGGAGGUGCAGGAGUCUCACCUGAGCAGUAACCAGGACUCUGACGACAACCGCUGAGACGUCGUUUACCUGCAGGCUGUCUCGUCUGACCAUUUCUAACAAUUUGUUAAACUCUUCUCCUGAACGCAUCUUUUCACUGGCCCUUCAAGAUUUUCUAUGGAGUUCAACAGCCAGUUCAACAGAGAAUAUUUUUAUUUGACAGAUGAAGCAAUAUUUUGAUAAUGACUUGUACAUAAAUUGCUGCUUUGCUUAAAAACAUACAACACCCUGCCUUAUUUAGAACGAAUCUGAUAAUUGUUGCACUUAAAAACCGUCUGAACUGUUUGCCUCAUAUUUUCAUUUGUGUAUAUUAUGUUGACACAUCUAGCAGUGAAAAGGCUUCCUGUUAACAGAAAGAUGGAUGCACGGGUUAUGGAGAGAGAUAUCUGAAAGGAUUUCUGUAAUGCAAAGCAAUGACGUUACAAUUGUUUCUUUUUUGAAAUUCACGUUAUUUCCUCUCAUGUGACGGUGUUUGAAACACUGCUGUGCAGGAAGAUGACAUGUGAGAAAAGUGCUGUUUUUAUGAGCUGAAAGUUGUACCAAAUAUGUUUACGUGUCACUUGAUGUUUUCUUUAACAUGUUAUGAUUUGCUGCAUAUUAACAGUUGAAUUGAAAAUUAAAUGAAAACUAGAAAACAAUGUAUUUUCUGAAGACAAUGUGUGGAUUGUGGUCUGCUGUGAAUCGUGCAGCCAAAGAUGUCUUUAGUGGUA